AGCAGUGUGGAUGUUUGAUACGCCAAAUCAGUAUAACAUCGGUCCUAGAAAAGUUUAAUCAACUAACGGUUGUAACUGUGAAGAGAGUGGUUAUUUUUAUUACAUGUGCCACCGACUGCAUCUCGUAUACCAUAGCAGACAUGCAUUGAAGUGCGUUUUGUUUACCGACCUGCCUCAGUUUGAUAACCACAAAAACAAAUCAUACCCACAAAUUGAGCUUAAGUACAACGAGUUGCUAUAGACUGCAGGGAAAUAGAGUGAUAAGACAAGUCAUUUUUACCUAAGCAAAGUGAUUGUGAAUCAAAAACCUUGUGCAUUAGAGGGUUCAUCAAAUGAGUAUUAGCUAUCGGUCUCACGUAGUCUUGCUCUACCGAGUAUAACAAGUCUUCGAACGAUUGACAAACGGAACGUUUCACCGCCAACAACAACAGAUGGAUCGCGUAACAGUUUUGGACGGAGGUUUUGCCACCCAGCUAUCGGUCCACGUUGGCAAACACAUCGAUGGCGAUCCACUGUGGAGUGCCCGGUUCAACGCCACCAAUCCGAACGCGGUGUUCAAAACUCACCUGGACUUCCUGGAAGCCGGUGCCGACUGCAUCAUGACCAACACAUACCAGGCUAGUAUUGAGGGAUACAUGGAGUAUCUGGAUCUGAGCGAAACCGAAAGUUUGCACUUGAUCAAGGCGACCGUCAAGUUGGCACAGAUGGCUCGCACCAAACACAUGGCGGUCAAUGAUGUGCAACAGAUUCCACUGGUGGUUGCAUCGAUAGGACCCUACGGCGCUCACUUGCACGAUGGGUCGGAGUACACGGGCGAGUACGCAGAUUACGUCUCGGGUGAUACGAUCCAGAAGUGGCACCGGCCACGGAUUGAUGCGUGCUUGGAGGCUGGGGUAGAUGUGCUGGGGAUCGAAACCAUUCCUUGUCAGAUGGAAGCCGAAGCAAUGCUCGAAAUGAUGACCGAAGAUUACCCGCAUGUGCAAUUCUGGAUCUCGUUCCAAUGCAAGGAUAACGCCCACAUUGCCCACGGUGAAAGGUUUGCCGACACUGCCAACUUCCUGUGGAACAAAGCCAAACUGCUGGGUAAUGACAACCUGUUAGCAAUCGGGGUCAACUGCGUCCACCCACAGUUCGUCACUCCGUUGUUCCGUUCGGUAAAUGAGAAGCGACCCGCCAAGGAACGGAUCCCGUUGAUCGUGUACCCGAAUUCGGGUGAGGUUUACAGUGUUGAGACGGGCUGGCAAGGCAAAGAGGACUGCGUCCCUCUGGAACACUACGUUCCCCAGUGGGUAGAGCUUGGAGCACGCUUCAUCGGAGGUUGUUGCCGGACCUAUGCACGCGACAUUGAACGAAUUAAGCAGACGGUGAAUACCCUCUGCUUGUGAUAUUACAUGACUUGAGAGGAAUUGAUUCUCGUGUUCUUCUCGCUUGUCUGUGACAAUGCGAUGCUGACAUUUCGUUUGUUUUAUUUCCGAUUAGUUACUUUGUAUGUACUCAAUAUUAGAUUCUUGUGUGUGACGAUUCCACUUAGUGUACCUUAUUUUAAAAAUAGACGUUCUUAGAUAUUACCAAAA